UCGAUCUGUCAUGUUUUAUGAUUCUUUUUUGUAAGCAAUGUCUGAAAAUCCUAAAGACUUUGCUAAAGAUCUUAUAGAAGACGUUAUGAUGAACGUUGUUGGUGAUAAUGUUACGGAAGUUGAAGACGAAAAUAGAUCUUUGUUUGAGCUGCAAGAAAAUCCAACAUUAGCUCCCCAAGAGUCAAACUCUAACAUCUCCGAUAUUCUACAAAGAGUAGCCGUCAUAGCAGAGAGUCUUCGUGAAGAUCUUCGAAAUAUCCAAAUUGGUGAUUACUUUGUUUCUAUGAAUGUUUCUCCCCUGGAAAUCCAAGUGAAACAAGCUAUAACUCAACUCCAAACUGUUGAUGAAGAAAAAAAAAUUUUUGUUACGAAAGGCGAUGGUGAACAUACCAGUGUAACUGACAUUCCGAUCUCUCAAAAAACUAAUGAUUCCGUUGAUAAAAAUAGCGUAAAUGAAGCACAAAAUUCGGUGUCUCAACCCACGGAUUCAGUGAAUUUAGAGCAGACUGCAAUUUCAAAUCUGAAAAAACGAAAGAAAAGAAUAAAUCUUGGCGAAAGACUUCGCAGACUCUUCCGGUUUACCUUAAGUCGUCGUAAAAAUUCCUAAAAAU